AACUCCCUACUCCUUCCGCGAGGCAAUAGUUGAAAUACCGUUUCAACGGCUUGAAAGCUCAACAAAACGUAAAAUUCCGGCUUUCAUAAAAUUGGAUAAAGGAUCACUAUAAACUCGUAUAUAUAAGCCUCCCUUCCUGCCUUUGCAUAGGCUUAUAUAGAGGAGGAUCGUAAAGGGGAACGAGGUACAGGUAGAAGAAGCCAGUACGAAAACACCUCGUUGUGUGAUACUGAUAUGGUAUUGACACAAGAAAAGAAGGGUAUGCGUUUGGGAAAAUACGAGCUUGGGAGGACUCUUGGAGAAGGCAAUUUCGGUAAAGUUAAGUACGCGAAAAACUUGGAUUCUGGCCAGUCCUUUGCUAUCAAGAUCUUGGAGAAGAACAGGAUCCUCGACCUCAACAUAACCGAUCAGAUAAAGAGGGAGAUUGGCACCUUAAAACUUCUCAAGCAUCCAAACGUUGUCAGAUUAUACGAGCAGGUCUUGGCAAGCAAAACCAAGAUAUUCAUGGUUCUCGAAUAUGUGAAUGGCGGUGAACUGUUUGACAGGAUUGCAUCCAAAGGAAAACUCUCAGAAUCUGAAGGCAGGAAGCUCUUUCAUCAGUUAAUUGAUGGGGUUAGUUACUGCCAUAACAAUGGUGUUUUUCACAGAGAUCUCAAGCUAGAAAAUGUGUUGAUCGAUGCCAAGAGAAAUGUGAAGAUAACUGAUUUCGGCCUCAGUGCAUUACCACAACAUCUUAGGGAAGAUGGAUUGUUGCAUACAACUUGUGGAAGUCCAAACUAUGUUGCCCCCGAAAUUCUAUCUAACAGAGGUUACAAUGGUGCAACCUCAGAUACAUGGUCCUGUGGUGUUAUCUUGUAUGUGAUUCUUACAGGGUACCUACCCUUUGAUGAUCGAAAUAUGGCAGUACUCUAUCAGAAGAUUCUCAAGGGGGAUGUUCAGAUACCCAAGUGGCUAUCGCCAGGAGCCAAAAGCUUAAUAAAGAGGAUUUUAGAUCCCAACCCACAUACACGGAUUACCAUGGCAGAGAUAAAAGAAGAUUUGUGGUUCAAACAAGACUACACUCCUGUAGAUCCUAUUGAAGAAGAAACUGAAGAAAAUGCAUCAGAUGAUGAAGCAUCAUCAAUACAUGAGCCAUUAGAUGCAGAAAAAGAUCCAGAAUCACCAUCCGUCAUCAAUGCCUUUCAGCUGAUCGGAAUGUCCUCUUGCCUAGAUCUUUCCGGCUUCUUUGAAAAAGAGGAUGUUUCUGAGAGAAAAAUCAGAUUUACAUCAAAUCAUUCCCGAAAAGCAUUGCUUGAGAGUAUAGAAAAUACAGUACUCCAGAUGGGAUAUCAAGUCCAGAAGAAAAAUGGAAAGUUGAAAGUAAUACAAGUGCACAAAGGUCAGAAAAGCCCUGGCAUUCUCUCAGUAACUGCAGAAGUUUUUGAGAUAAGCCCAUCCUUGUAUGUGGUUGAGUUGCGAAAAUCAUGCGGUGAUCCUACAGUAUACAGACAGUUAUGUGAAAAGCUAUCUAGUGAUUUGGGUGUAUUGGGAAGCCAGGAGCUACUAGCCGCAGAGGUCUAAAACUUGGAGGUAGACGGCAACAAUGCUUGUGAAGUAACUAAGAAAUGUAUUCAAAGACUAUUCAGAAUACCAAUUGAUAUUAUUCUAUUCUACUCAAUUCUGUCAAGGGGUUUGAAAAACAUCAAGUGUUUUAUCCUCGAUGAUGUGGUAGGCUGAAACUAGAUAAUGAUAUUAGGUAUGGGGGUAAAAGAGAGCAGAUGGAAGCCUAGAAAUAGAUUGUAAAUUUGUUUUAUAAUAAUUUUUGGAAUCUGUAACAUAAGUGCAGAUGCAUCCCAGAAAAUUGGGGUUUGUUUUUAUAGAAGAAUGACAUCAAUGGCACAUAUAAGCCUGCA